UAUUUAGUAACCGUAAUUGCAGUUGUCCCUUGGCGCUUAUUUUUGUUUGGAUCGAUAUAUUGUUUAUAAACAGAAAAAAUUAUGAAACUGUAUAGCUCAUCUUUUAAUCUAAAUUUACCGCAAAAAACCUCUUUGGCAUUUCAUAAAAUAUGCUUAAUAAGUUCAUGUGAUAAAGUUUUUUUCGCGAUUUUCGAAACUUACCAGUUUUGACUAUUGGUAAAGCUAAUUUUUUACCUCAAUGGCUUAUAAACGAUCAGAAGCUUCUAAGUAUUCAGAAAACUGCAAACUUUUAGUGAAAGCUGUCACGAAAUUUGAUAAGACUGAUGAGAAUUUUACCACCUGCUAUGAUCAUCUUUUGUCUACCCUGUUGUAUCAUACUUAUAAGGAAGCAAACAGUCAUGAAGCUAUGCAUAUCAUAUCAAAGUUCCAUGAAAAAUUUCUCAUUCAGUCAGAACUUGAAAAGGCAAAUAGAUUUAAAAAAGUUUCAGAUAACUUAAUCAAUUUCUUCAAUAAUGAAGGCAAAUAUCAGAGAGAAAAAGGUUUCAGAAUUUUGUCUCUAUUACUACAUUUAUCCCAGUCAAAAAUUACAGAUACUAUUUUAUUGGAAAAAGACUCUACUUGUAGUGAAGAAACUUGGAAAUUUGACUGGGCAUCAUACCUAAGAGAAGAUGAUAUUAACUGUAAUUUUCCUGUAGAAAGCGAUUCUGAGUUUUUCUCAUCGGAUGAAUCAGCAAGUGAAUCUGCUUCAUCAGAUGAUGAUUCAGUGGAGGAUUUACCUGAUCCUGUUUUGAGGGCUCCUCCUAGAGAUGAUUCAGGACUAGGAAUCAGUCCUGACAGCUGCUCGGGUACAUCACAGUUGUUUCAUGCUACAUCUGUUGUUCCCGAAAAUAUAUCUCAUGCUAACAAGCAAGAGAGGAAUCAAAACACAUGUUAUCCUUACUGGCUAAGCCAGUAUCAGAAGAUGUAUGGUGUGAGUCCUUAUCAACUGAAAUCUAUAAACUUUACAAAAAUUUGGGAUGAUUAUUUAGCCAGUCAAAGUCUUACUAUUGAAAAAAAUGUUAUUGUACAUGAAAGAAAUGUUGUUAAAGAGAUUUUAUGGAUGUUUUGUGGUGUACAAAAUUUAUUUAUUGCACAAUCUAAAGGCAAGGAAUACAUACCUAACUGUAAAGUUCACCUUUGUAACUUAACAUCAUUAGGCUUAGGAGCAGUACUUAGUGAGUUCUGUACAUAUGCACGUAAGAGAUCCACUCUUCAUGACACAGCAAAAACCAUCAUUAAAGAACCUCACAAUUGCCUUACUUACCAAGCCUAUGGGGAAUCUCUGAGAAAGCAAUUGCAAAUAAUUGAAAGAUCGAUAUGUGAUAUGGACAAAAUCUUAAGAAAAGGAAAUGAAACCUUCACUUUAAUGAUUUUACAGAAUAAAAUGAAACCUUUGUUUCAUCACAUUGACCUAUUAUAUAAAAUUUAUGCUGAAGUUGAUUCUGAAUUAUCAAGUGUUGAUGAGCCUCAUGUUCGAGCAUGCCUUUUGUUGAAUUGUCUUUGGAAUCUGCUUCUCAAUCAAAGUAUUCAAGACCAGUCAUCCAAUUCUUUGAAUAUUCUGCUUAGAAUGUUCUUGGAAACAUGCAAACCAUACAUUUCAUUUUUGGAAGAUUUAAUAAUUUUGGGAUCAUUUAAUGGAUCAAAUAAGGAAUUUUUUAUCUGGAAGAAGGAUGUGUCAGGAUUUGAUGAGACUUAUUGGGAGACUUCUUUUGGAGUGAGGCAAUUACCAAGAAGUGAGAACUUUUUUAUGAAACCUUUCAUAACUGAUAUGCUGAGUGCAGGAAAGUCACUAGAAAUAUUGAACAAAAUCAACUCAUCACUGAAAAUAGAACCUUUCCGACUGGAUGCUGAGAAAGGUGAAUUGUACUUGAAAUUUAUCCAGAUUUUACAAAGGCUGUUAUCUCCAAAGCGUGGUUCAGAAAGAUCGUUGAAGAGAGUUGAGCAGAAAGAAAUUGAGUCAGACAUGACUCCUCAGGAAGAUCCUAUGCUAACUCAGCAACUUUUCCCUUUUUGUAGUGAGACAGCAAAAUUCUUCCAGCCUGAUGUUAAUCCAGUGUAUAAACCUGUUUCCCAAAAACCAGUUAAAAGUUUAUUUACAUGGCAGCAAGAGUUAAUUGAAAAAGUAAUUGAAAGCCUGAAUUCACAUAGCUUAAAGCCUGUAACACUGAGUAUUACAAAAGCUCUAAGACUUUGUAUGGUUCAUUCUUAUAACCCCAUCUGUAAAAGAUUGAUAAAAGCCUUUAAAGAAGAUUUCGAAAUUAUCAAGCACAUGACGGUGAUGAGGAAAUAUUUUCUUAUGGAAUCUGGUGAUGUUAUGUAUAACUUUUAUUCUGAGAUAUUCUGGAAGAUUUUCAAAAAUCAAAAUUGGCAAGAUAUUGCUUCAUUGUGCAGUGCCCUUGAAAAUGCUAUUUUGGAAAAUAAAGACAACUGCAAAAAACUUGACAUACUUUUAAUAGAUGCUCCUGAUAGAAUUCCUCAGCAUUCUCUAAGCCACCUUAGCCUGUUGAAACUUUCUUACAAUGUUAAAUGGCCCAUAACAAUGAUAUUGGGAAGUAGUGUUCAGGCAGAAUAUAAUCAAAUAUUUAACUUCUUGCUUCAAAUUAAAUGUGCCAAAUUUUUGUUAGAUAACUUAUAUUCAUUAAGUCUGAGUGGACCAGAAAAGAUGACUCGAUUGAUGAAAGCAUUUUUAAGGAGUACUCUCCCUAGAGAACAAAAGAUGCAUGGAAUGCACAUAAUAAGGAUGAAACUGAUGUUCUUUGUCAAUGGUUUACAUAACUACAUUAUGACUGGGAUUCUUCAUAGUUCAGGAAUUGAACUACACAAUGCUCUGCAGCGAUCUGAAAGUCUUGAAGAAAUGAUUCAGAUUCACAAAAGACACUUUAAAACACUCAUUGAAAGAUGUCUUUUAACACGUCGAAUUGCAUACAUCAAGGAUCACAUAUUUGAAGUUUUAAACCUCUGUUACGUUUUCCAACAACUUUGGUUAAAAGGAGUAGAUAAUGUGAAUGUUGAAGAUCUAAGGAACAUAGAACAGAAAUUUAGUAAAAUAAACAACAUUUUGACCUGUUGUUUGAAUAAGCCUCUACGAAGAGGGACAAACUUAGACUUUGAAACUCUUGGACACAUGAUGCUAUCUAGUUCUCAUUCAUUGCAUUUCUUUGGUGAAGAAAACUGUUAUUAAUGUUAAUGCUACUCCCAAGAUGAUGGUUUGUAGGAAUUUGUUUUUGUCUUUCAGCUUUAUAAUGAGUUACAAGAAUUGUUAAUAUUCAAAAUACUUUGGUUUUCAAAAUUUUUAAUCGGUACCAAAUAGCUUAUAUAACUACAAAAGUGUUUUGUAAAUUUUAUGUAUAUCUAAUUAAACAUUCAAUUGUUAUAAACACUUACAAUUUUUGCGAAAAUGUUUAAUUUUGGUGACUUUCAAAAACUGAAAUAAUACUCCUUAAAACGUAAAAAAAGUUUAACAUGUGCAAUAAGUCCCCCCCCCCCCCUUAAGUGUGGCCUAUAAUUUAUAAAAUGUUUAAAAUAUUAAUUCUACUUAAAAAAGUUUUUGUUCUCAUUAUAACAAAGCCUCCAUUGUGUAUAUUGUACAAAUUUAUGUUAGAAAAUUAUGUUACAAAAUUAUGUUAGAAAAAACUAUACAAGUAAAUUAUGUAAAGCACAUAUAAAAGUAUUUAAUAAAAGCUUCUUUCUGUGCAUGA